AUAUAUCGUUAUCUAUGGCGGAGUGGAGUUGGAGAAAGAAUGUUAAGAAUAAAUAUUGGGUGAAUGGUGAGGAUGUAUUACGUGAUAGGCUGUUGUAAUGUUUGUAAGUGACUCAUAAAAUUGUACAUAGCCGCAGAUGAAUCGAAAGGUCAUGUUGUCAGACACUUAAGGAAAGUCACGCAUUCUAGACAGAUUUUAGUUCAAGAUACCAGUGUUCCAUUCCAUAUUCAUCCUUGGGAUGAUAGCCACAUAGGCAAAACUUGUUGGAUAAAAUUACGGGUAUAAGGCAAUGCCAGGAGGUGGAAACUAGCAUAAUGCGCCGAAGUGUAAAAAGUGUAUGCAGAUUCCUUAUGCUUGCUGGUCUGACUGUGGCCACUACAGUCGUGAUCUUUCGAUAUGUCCGCAGCAUUGAAACAGUGGAUUUUGGGAAUGAAGUCAUGGAACCACGAGGAGCUAUGCCAGUUGCACCAGAUCACCAGGUUCAUGAACCAGAACAUGCUUUAGAGAAAGAUGGCAUGAUCGUGACUCAUCAUGUAAAAGUGGACUGGCAUGACUAUAAACUGAUUGAAGCAGAAUCAAAGCAGAAGGGUAUUGGUGAACAAGGAAAGAGUGCCUUCCUCUCUGUCGAUGACAGUGCUAAGAAAGAGGAAUUGUAUAAAGUAAAUGGCUUCAAUGGCUUGCUCAGUGACAGGAUAGCAUUAAACCGAUCCUUGCCAGACAUCAGGCACAAAGCGUGUAAGGACAAGAAGUAUCUGGCGAAACUCCCAACAGUGAGCGUGAUUGUACCAUUCCAUAAUGAACACUGGAGUACAUUGUUAAGAACAGCAAUGAGUGUCAUCAAUAGGUCUCCUUCACACCUUCUGAAAGAAAUCAUAUUGGUUGAUGAUUUCAGUUCUAAAGAACACUGCAAGAAACCACUGGAUGAUUAUGUAAGAAAAAAUCUGCCCAAGGUGCAAGUUAUACACUUACCAGAAAGAUCAGGAUUGAUCAGAGCUCGUCUAGCUGGGGCAACAAAAGCUACCGCUGAAGUACUCGUAUUUCUCGACUCCCAUACAGAAGCUAAUGUUAACUGGCUUCCUCCUCUGCUUGAACCAAUUGCCAAGGAUUACCGUACCUGUGUGUGCCCAUUCAUUGAUGUCAUUGCUCAUGACACAUUUGAGUACCGUGCCCAAGAUGAAGGUGCCCGAGGUGCAUUUGACUGGGAAUUCUUCUACAAACGUUUACCUUUGUUACCUGAAGACUUGAAACACCCAGCAGAACCCUUCAAGAGCCCCGUGAUGGCAGGAGGGUUAUUUGCAAUCAGUGCAAAAUUCUUCUGGGAGCUUGGAGGAUAUGAUCAAGGACUUGAGAUUUGGGGAGGUGAACAAUAUGAACUUUCAUUCAAGAUUUGGAUGUGUGGUGGUCAGAUGGUAGAUGCUCCGUGCUCUCGCGUAGGACACAUUUACAGGAAGUUUGCUCCAUUUCCUAAUCCUCAGAAAGGAGAUUUUGUUGGAAGGAACUACCGUCGGGUGGCUGAGGUAUGGAUGGACGAAUACAAGGAAUACUUAUAUAAGAGAAGACCGCAGUAUCGUAAAAUUGCUACUGGUGACAUCAGCAAACAGAAGGAACUUAGGGAGAAACUGCAGUGUAAAUCUUUCAGAUGGUUUAUGGAAAAUGUGGCUUUUGACUUGCCAAAGAAAUACCCACCCAUAGAACCACCAGACUUUGCUCAAGGAGAGAUUCGUAGUGUAGCAGCACCAGAAUUAUGUGUAGAUACAGAAAACAAGAAGGCUGAUGAACAUUUUGGCCUGAAAGACUGUGUUAAGGAUUACAGGAGAUCAACAGGAGAGCAGAAUUUUAUCCUCACUUGGCACAAAGAUAUUCGUCCAAAGGGCCGCACCAUGUGUUGGGAUGUAUCGGAUGUCCAGAAUAAGGCGGCAGUUAACUUGUUUCCUUGCCAUGGUAUGCAGGGUAACCAACUAUGGCGCUACAACCCAGAACAGCAGUGGCUUGUCCAUGGAGGUAACCCCAGAUGUCUUGAUUCUGACCCAGGAAGACAAAUGCUUUAUGUUGCAACCUGCGAUACCUCAUCUCUCACCCAGAAGUGGAGGUUUGAGAAUGUAAACUUCAAAGCCCUUUCCAAUUGGGAUAAUACUGGACUGAAUUAAACAGCACACAAUUUGUGUUGUGUGGACGUCAUGGUGCUAUGUUUCUGAACCAGGGUAGUAGAAGGCUGUAGUUCAGAAUGCACAAAUUCUUGCCCUAUUUGGUGAAUAGAAUUGUGUUUUGUUGAACUUGUCACUCAUUGGUUAAUCCUUACACUUCAGAAAUGAAGGCUUGGUAUCAUAGAAACAGUGAAAGGAUUAAUGACAUUUUGAUGCAUGUUGAAGCAUCAUUUUCUAGUGAUGAAUUGAAUGAUGUACAACAAUAUUUUAAACAAAAGAUGCAAUAUAAAACUGGUAGAAUGUGGUGAGUGAAAUAUUAUUUCAUUCUUCCCCUGUGACUGUGUUUGUUAAUGUUAUUUAUAUGAUAUACUGUGAUGUAUCAGCAAAUAAGGCUGAUUUUCUUAACAAAUUUCUGAUUGUAUUUAUACAAAUUUAAAUAGAAAAGAUAAAUCUGGCAAGAGAUUUUAAAUGAAACAGAGGUAGUUUGGAAAAUUGCAUCAAUACUUUAUAGUUGCACCCAAGAAAUGAAGAUGUAAAUUUUGUCUCAUUAGGAUAAGUAGAUAUAGACAUUUUAUGGUCAGUGGACCAGGUGUGGCCUUGUAGAGAAUUUUGAGUACUAUCUUCUGGGAUAUGGUACCAUGUAACCUGAUAGAAGUUUGCCAGCAUUUUUGAGAACGAUGCUGUCCCUAUCCUCAGGGUUGAAGAUGGCAGAAGAUACUGCCUUUGUUGAAGUAUAAUCUGACAAAGCCAUCAGCAGAAUUUUUACUCCUCUUGCUUCUUGCUUGAUUGCCUGCAGACUUACUUGUUCAGCUUACACUUUUACCCUGAAGAUGGAGAUAGUAUAUUCAACCAAAAUGUUGAACCAAGUUUUUUACCAUAUUGCAUUGUGUCACAUGCCAGGAGAUGGAAUUCUUCAUGUCAAAAACUUGAUAAUUCUGUUUAUUACUUAACAGAUAUUGAUGUCACCUACGAAGAUCUUGACUUCUGUCCAAGGAAGCAUUUGAAAUUGGUGUGACCUCUUGUAUGAAUGAAGACUUUGCUCAUCUUUGUGAAUAGUAAUGAAAAAAAAAAACAGGGAACUGGUAUUAUGAAGUACAAAUUUAUGUAGACUAGUUUGGUCUGGUGAUGAAUAAAGCCUCUUGCUUGUGGCUUUCUUUAUCUUUGUAUUUAUAGCUGGAAAAUAUAUUGAACACAUCGUUUGAGACCAUUUACUAGCAGUUGAUGUAUUUACACAGAUUCUGGCCAGUGCAGUAAGUAGAUCUGUAUAGUAAUUAUAAAAUUAUGUUAGACACUGUCCAUUUUCUUAGUUAAAUUUAAAAUUACAUGAUGUUUCGGAAGAUGGAUCUGCCUCUGUCAACGUUUAUAAAAAUGGGAAGAUCUGUUCUGUUGGGCUUCUUAGAUACUGACAGGCUCAGUCACUGGGCUCCCUCUAAGGGACCCAACUGAAUAGGAUCUUUUCCAUUUUUAUGCUUGUUGACAGAAGGAGAUUUAGCCUUUGAAACAUCAUGUAAUUUAAAAUUUAUCUAUGAAAAUGUUUUAGUGUCCAACGUAAAUUUAUAAUUAAUAACAUGGCCAUUGUCAGAAACCUUUUAGGGGAUCAUUAAAUCUGUAUAUGAGGAAAAAGCUGCCCUAACUUCAGCAGCUCAGAGGAUGAGACAGAAGUGGUUUAAUUUGUACUUAAAAUCAUUAUGUCCUUUCAAAUGAUAAAAAUGAACUGUUAUUAUUAUUGUUGCUUUCAAUUUUUUUAAGAAGACUGAUGUGGUUUUGGUUUUAUAGUAUAUCCACUCUAAAAUUCAAGGGUAUAUUGAUGUGUUGUAACAGAAAUACAGUAUAUGUCCAAUUAUCCACACUAAUGAAGGAGGAAA